GAACAUUAAUGCAAAAGAGAGGUUUACACAGUAGUGGUAAGAAAGAAACAAAGAGCAACCCUAAGACACUGUUUCUCUUUCUAUCCUUUCUCCUUCUCACAGUCUCAUUUAUCAAGCUGGGUGGUGCUGAUUAAAAGAGAGAAGAAGAAAAAGGAAAAUCAUAAAACCCAACAGCGAAAGAAAUAAUACAGAAGAGAGAGAUAUAGCAGCUGGGUUGCGUAGCUGAGGUUAAAAAGCAAACAAGAUACCUUCUCUCUUCUCUCUAUCUUCUCCUAUCUCAAGAGAUCUAAAAAACUGAUAGAUCGAAAAAUGGAAAGAAAUUAGCAGACCACCCAACCAAGAAAUUCUCAUCUUUCCAUUAGCUAUAGCUUGAAAGGAAGCUUGUUUCCUUGCUUCUUCUCUUUAGCUUGAUAGGGGUCCUUUUUUGUUGGAUCCUUUAAGAUAAGACUCUCUAGGGUUUCUACCCUAUAGAUCUUUCUUUCUUCUCCCAAGAAUCAUCAGCGUUUCUCUUUGCUUGGGUUGUUUCACAAAUUUGGUUUGGAUUUCACCACUGAAACCUGAAAGCAAGCAGAGAAAUCAGCUGAUUGUUGUUUAAAGAAGAGGAGCUAGCUUGGAGCAACCACUCAACCCAACAACCACAACACAAAAAGGUUAAAGUUGCUUCAAAGGCUGCAAACCCAAAAAAGAAAAAAAUAAGGAAAAAGAAAGAAAAAAAAAGGAGAAUUCAGAUAUUUGCAGGAGCAGCUAGCUGAAGAAGGAGAAGAAGAAAGUCAGAUAUAUAUGGGGAGGGGGAGAGUGGAGCUGAAGAGGAUCGAGAACAAGAUAAACAGGCAGGUGACUUUUGCAAAGAGAAGGAAUGGAUUGCUGAAGAAAGCUUAUGAGCUGUCUGUACUUUGUGAUGCUGAGGUUGCUCUCAUCAUCUUCUCCAACCGCGGCAAGCUCUAUGAGUUCUGCAGUACCAAUAACAUGCUCAAGGCACUGGAAAGGUACCAAAAGUGCAGCUAUGGGGCGGUGGAAGUGAAUAAACCUGCAAAGGAGCUCGAGGUAUACAGUAUACUAUACGUCUUAUGUCUCAAUCGUUGAUUUGCUAUAGCUAUAGAAGUGAAGGGUCAUGACUCAUGAUAAUGUGCCAGUACGAGCUUUGCAUGGAGUUUUAUGCUAAUGAAUUCCUGGCUACAUUUCUUAAUGAACAGAGCAACUAUCGUGAGUACUUGAAACUGAAGGGUAGAUAUGAAGGCCUACAACGAACCCAGAGGAACCUCCUUGGGGAGGAUUUAGGCCCACUGAACACGAAGGAGCUGGAGCAGCUUGAGCGGCAGCUGGAAGGUUCAUUGAAGCAAGUCCGCUCCACUAAGACCCAGUUCAUGCUUGACCAGCUCUCUGAUCUUCAAAACAAGGAGCAGCUGCUGCUUGAAUCCAAUAGAGCUUUGGCAAUAAAGCUGGAUGAAAUCUGUUCAAGGAACAGCAUGCGACCUUCGUGGGAAGGAGAGGAUCACAACAUGUCCUAUGGAGACCAACAUCAUAAUCCACAUGCUCAAUCCCAGGGGUUUUUCCAGCACUUAGAUUGCAACCCAACUUUGCAGAUCGGGUACUCUUCAUUUCAAAGGUAUAGUCCAGUAGUGACAGACCAAAUGACUGCCACAACUCAUGCUCAGCAGCAGCAGCAUCAGCAGCAGCAAGUGAAUGGGUUUGUUCCCGGAUGGAUGCUCUAAUAAAAUGCUCUCAGUAGCUUUCAUAUUUACUUGGAGGGGCCAAGAGGAGAGCUACAUUGGCAGCUUUGCAUUCUCCCUAUAUAAAUAUUGCCUCGGUUUGAAAUUUUCUAUCAUAAGAAGACUGCAAAACCAUCUUUAUCGAUGAUGGCCUACUGCUCCAACCAAGUAUUCUACUUUUGUGGCUAGCGAUCAUAUAUGUAAAUGAUGAUGAUUUCUGCAGAUAACAUAAGCACGCAGCAGCUAGCGUUCGUGUUAUUUGUCAUCUCUCUCUCGAACCCUUUAUCUGAGAGGAAACACUCUACUAUUGCAUGCAGCAUUUCUUUUUUACCUUGCAUCCAAGCGAUACUGUAAGCUGCACAGCAACAACCUUUGGUGGUCUGUUUUGUGUAUCAUUAUGAACUAUUGUAAACAGACUUUGAUUCUACGGUAGACAUUUUCUAUCUUACAUGUUUCCAAGCUUGUAUGCAGGCAGUGAUAUAUGUUUGGUCGAUGUGUUGGGUCAAUCAUGCACUCCGGGAUUUAAUUAUAUUGAAUCCUACGCUCAAACAAUUAGGCCAUUUUCUGCAUAA